AUGAGGGGUAGUUUCAAGUAUCUCAGGUCUAUAAUCCAGGGUAACGAGGAGAUUGAUGAUGAGGUCUCCUACUGUAUCGGUGCAGGGUGGAUGAAAUGGAGGCUCGCAUCUGGUGUUUUGUGCGAUAAGAAUGUGCCACCAAGACUCAAGGGUAAGUUUUACAGAGUGGUGGUUAGACCUACUAUGUUGUAUGGGGCUGAGUGUUGGCCAGUCAAGAAUUCCCAUGUUCAGAGGAUGAAAGUAGUAGAAAUGAAGAUACUGAGAUGGAUGUGUGGGCAUACAAGGAGAGAUAAGAUUAGCAACGAAGUUAUUCAGGACAAAGUGGGAGUGGCUCCCGUGGAGGACAAGAUGAGGGAGUUGAGGUUGAGAUGGUUCGGGCACGUGCAGAGGAGGAGUACGGAUGCCCAUGUUAGGAGGUGUGAGAGGCUAGCCGUGGCGGGUCUGAGAAGGGGUAGAGGAAGGUCGAAGAAGUAUUGGGGAGAGGUGAUUAGGCAAGAUAUGGCACUACUUCAGCUCACUAAGGACAUGAUCCAGGAUAGAAGGGUGUGGAGGUCGAAGAUUAGGGUAAUUGGCUAG